UCCCCUGCUCCGCUCCAGCCAAUCAGAGGCGAGCCCUGACCCGGGGCCGGGCAUGGAGCGGCCGCCCCCGCCGCCCCCUCCCCCCCCGCCGCCCCCCGGGACCCCCGGGACCCCCCCCGGGACCCCCGGGACCCCCGGGACCCCCGGGCUGGAGCGGGUCCUGCGGGAGGCGCUGGAGAGAGCGGGGGAGGAGCUGGGAGAGGACGGCGGGCUCCGGGAGCUGCUGAGGAGGCGCAGGGACAGCCUGCAGGGUCCCUGGAAGUGGCUCCUGUUCCACCGGCCGGUGCCGCCCCUCAUCCAGAACGGGCCCCAGUGUGGCCUGGUGGCGCUGGCCAUGGCCGCGGCUCUGCUGGGACCCCCCCGGCCCCAAUUGGGUCUGGGGGCUCUGCUGGAGACAGCGCGGGCCAGGGGCUACACCCGCCAGGGGGAGAUGUUCUCAGCUGCCCAGCUGGGGGCCCUGGCUCAGGAGCUGCUGCCGUGCCGGGCCGAGCUGCUCCGGGGGGGGCUGGGGGGGCCCAACCGGGCCCGGAUCCUGCGGCACCUCCUGGGGGGGCGGCCCCUGCUCGUCCCCUACGACGGGGACAGCAACCACGCCCCGUGCAGCCGCCGCGGCCACCGAGCCCACUGGGCCCUGCUCGUUGGUGAGGGGGGUCCCAAAACCCCGAAAAUAUCCCAAAAAUAUCCCAAAAAAUCAGCCCCAAAAUCCCCCUAAAAAUCCCCAAAAAAU